AUGACUGUUCAGAAUACCCAAAUCCCCGCCAUCUACACGCGGGCCAUCGCAAAGUACAGCGAGAUUGCCAAAGAGGAUCUCGAUGUUGCCUUCCUCCACAGACUCUCGAGUGUGGAAGACCUGGAAAAGGAGAUCGAUGAGCGGAAUAAAUCAUUCAGCGAGUAUCGCCACAAACGCGGCGCCAUCUUCGAUGCUAUGCAGGCUGCCUUGGUCCCCGUCCAGCUGUUCGGAGAUUUGGCGGCCGGAGGCGCUUCCAUGGCUUUCCCCCCCAGCAGCCUGGUGUUUGGCGCUGUCACCUACCUGAUGUCGGCCGCCAAAGGUGUGUCAAGUUCCUACGAUGCCAUCCAGGACCUGAUGGGAACACUCAAGGACUUUACCAUUCGAUUGAAAGCGUACAGUCGAGAACAGAUUUCUGACGAUCUGAGCGAGAAACUCAGCGAUAUCCUUGUCACUCUCGUUGAGAUCUUCGCCCUUUCGACCAAAGCCAUCAAACGGGGGCGACUGCUCAAAUUCACACGCAACAUCCUCCUGGGGAAUGACGAUGCCAUCAAAGCGGCCGUUGGAAAAUUGGAUAAGUUGACCAAGGUGGAAGCCGGCCUCGUUGGUGCGGAGACCUUGACGGAGGCAAAACGGACUGGGCGUGUGGUGGAUGGUAUGCAAACGACGAUUCAGUCGACAAAUGUCACAGUACAGGAGACAGGGAUGGCCGUCAACCAAAUGACCGUACAAGUCACAGAGGUGCAAGCGAUGCUGGGUAAUAUCCUUAUUGCUGUAAACGACCAGGAGGAGAAGCAUGGGGAAUUGGCUAAAUCACAUCAAGACUUGGUGAGGAAAAUCCUUCGGCCAUCCGCAACGGAUUCCGCUCAGGACUGGUACGACAAGAUCAACAAGACCCGCGUGCCCGGGACCGGAGACUGGAUCCGUGAUGAGGAUGUGUUCAAAAGCUGGAUGAACCGAGAGCAACCGAUCAUGUUCAUAUCUGGCAACCCCGGCGCGGGGAAGUCCUACCUGUCCUCUAACAUCAUUACCUGUCUUAAAGACCUGUAUCCGCAAGGAGUACAGCAUCCUUCCCAUGUAUCUCUGGGGUACUUCUUCUUCAAGGACGACAACCCAAAUACGAGGUCAUUUCAUCAAGCACUGCGGGACCUUGCAUAUCAAAUCAGCAAGAAUGACCCGGCAUACGAGAAGUAUCUCACGAAUGUGGGAGACUAUGGUCGUAUUAGCACCCUCGAGAGUGCUUGGCGUGUCCUGUUCGUCAACUUCUUCCUGACCAAACCGUCGAUCACUAGCAGUGUGUUCAUCAUCCUUGACGCCGUGGAUGAGGCCUUUGAGGAAGAGCGAUUGACCUUUCUCCAGGUGGCCAAAGAUAUUUUUGAUGCUCCUAACUCUGGCCGCCUACAGUUCGCUAUAGUAGGACGGCCCCAUGUCAGUGAUCAGCUGUUGGAGUCGUUGGAGGUCGAUGUGCCUACAAUCUACGUCACGACCCAGAAGAAUUCCGGCGAUAUUGAUCGGUAUAUCAGAACCAGCAUCCAGAAGUCUGUGAUUCUCCGGCGAGUGUCAUCGGCCCUGCGUAGAGAAAUCGCGGAGAAGCUAUCAGCCGGCGCGGAAGGCAUGUUUCUCUGGGUGAACCUGAUGCUGCAGGAGCUGGUCAAGAAGCGGAAUGAGUCCAGUAUUCGCAAGAGUCUUGACCAAGCGCCCAAGGGCUUGAAGGAGAUGCUGCGCCAUGUACUGGUGAGCUUUUCUGCCAGUCUAAAUGAGGAGGAGUUGGAGUUCCUGAACGAACUCUUGCUAUGGGUCACCUGUGCCACCCGUCCCUUGACCCUUGGGGAGGUGGAGUCAGUUCUUGAGUUGAAGUCGCCUGAAGGUGACGGUAUGAUCUACCUUGAAGGUGCCCUCCGCAGGCAAUUUGCUGCCUUUUUUAAUCUCGACCGUGACGACGGUUUGACAACGACGGAGCUUCAGACCAUGAUUCUAACAGUGGAUGAAUCCGAUGAUGAAGUUGAGACCCUUGCGGAGCCUGUUGACCAUGAAGACGCGUUUGAAGAUGUUGAGAACUCAACCGAUUUUGAUUCAAACAAACCAUCCACCACAGUCACCUUUUGUCACGCAUCGUUGGGCGAUUUCUUCCGCGAUCCGAUGGAAGAGAAGGUCUCUGCCGGGGAGGACAAACUGGCUGUGGGGGUCGUCUACAAUGAUGCUAAAGCGCAUGUCCUGAAGACCUGCCUAAGAAUUCUCAUAAAUACUGAAUUUGCGGAGAAGGCGAAGGAAGCUCAAUUGAUGCGCGAUUAUGCUGCGACGAAUUGGGUCCAACAUCUUCAUGCAGUUCAGCCGUCAGAAACAUCAAUGGAGGACAGGCAGGAGAUCGCUAGCAUGCUGGCCAGGAUGUUUGGCCAGGAAAAGUGCAUGGAGGAAUGGGCGAAACGCAGGAGUUGGGUUUCCACCUCCGAGAAUCUCAAAGCUAUCCAGAGUUGGUGGGAAGACUCCGACGUCGUGGACUUGCUCCCUCCUGAAGAGGCGGAAUUUAUUCGCUCCACUCACGAGACUCCUGGUCAGACCUUUCGCCUGCUUGCCAAAUUCUGUGCUAGGAAAUGGUUGAUCGACACCGACUGGUAUGCCGCUGCCCCAUGCGCGAUGAUCAUCAGUUACAUCAAAUGUCAGAAAGGUAUCGAUUGGGAAUUCAUCGAUCGAUUCGCGCCAACCGCUGAGGAAAUCGCCGAAGCAGCCGAAUGGGCAGAGGUUGAAAGGACGAAACGUUGGUACCAGCGAGCGGCGAUCGUGUUCCGUCAGACUGGUCAUCUCGACCAGGCUUUGGUCCAUUUUCAGCAAGCGAUUGACCUUGAUCCAGACUUCUGGCUUGCAAAAGCAGGGAUGUCUAUUACAUAUACAAUGAAGAAAGAAUGGCAAAAAUCCCUGGAUCUGGACAUCCAGGCGGAGGCACUUCUGCAACAACUGCUGAGUGAUGACUCAGAGAACAAGACGGUGUCGACUCUGGAUCUACACAGUGUCCUGGACCGGAUGGGUAAAUGCUAUCGCGAGUUGGGUCAGCCAGAAAAGCAAUACCAAACCCAUAAGCGGGCACUGGAGGCCAGGCCAUACUGUGAUGCAUGCACUUUCUUGAUUCUACGCUUCGAAAACUCCACCAAGCGAUUCGAAGAAACCAUGUCCUACUUGCGGGAGCUUGCUGAGGAUCAAGUUCCGGACAAAGGACAUGAUCGAUUGACGGACUGGCUCUGGCGCAACUCCUGGUCGGAGGAUGACUUCUUUGAGUUCUUCGCGGACGCGGCGCGGGCCACCGACAGUGUCAAGUUUAUGAUUCGAUCAUAUCAUGACGCGGCCCGAGCAGCGCGCAAAGCGUCUAUGACUGUGGUAGCAGCACAUCUGGACCUGUCCCUUGCCCGUAUUUACUUUGAGAUCACGGAUGAGAAGGAAAAAGCGACGAAGAGGUGGGAAAAGAUUAUGAACACAUAUAGCUCGGCCAAGGAGGAAGGCGAGAUCGGUGCGGCGAAAGUGAUUGCUUCGUCCAACCUAGCCCGCCUGUGGCUCUGCAGCGCCAUCGACGCCGGGGUGGGAUCUGAAGAGGCAAAAGAAUACGUGAACCGACUGGAGCAGCUCGUCGAACGGUGCAACACUGAGGAUACAUCAGCUCUGUGGGUCGCCUCGCGAGCUCGUGCAAUUGCCCUGGGGGUGUGGUAUCGCCUCGUGGGCCGUCACGACGAAGCUCGGGCGUUGUUUGCCCCCUCUAUCCGGCGAGCGGUGCAGAUCCUCUCCGACGAUGAUCCGGAGAACGACAGCGUGGGUCUGACUGAUUUGCAGAACGCGCUCCUGGCAGCCGGCGACACGAAGAACGUUAUUGCUGUAUCAUACGCCAUUGGGUGUUAUCCCGAUGACGACCAUACUCAGGAAUGGACGCGUGAGCACAUUGAGGAUGAUUCGUGGUAUUACACCUGCGAUGGCCCUUGCCGAAAAUUGACCCUAAACCUGGACGGCACCUCUCUGUGCCCUAUUUGCUUCGACACGGGCUUUUGCGAGGAUUGCACGAAACUACUGCGGGCGGGGGACACGUCGUUCACCUACAUCUUUCUUACCACAAAACAGUCAAUCGAGGACGUUCCCCUGCAUGCUCUCAAGCCACCGAUGGUUUUCCAGGAAGAUGAGGGGUUGAGCAUCAUCACCUCGAAAGAACUGGCCGAGACGCACAGGUUCCACCAAUAUACGUUCCCCUGCAAGAAGAUCUCGCUGGCCGUGCAUUCCAGCCUCGAGGCGGUGGGAUUGAUUGCGGGUAUCUCGUCGAAGUUAGCGGAGCAUGGCAUCAGUAGCAAUGUCGGCAGUGGAUAUUAUCACGAUCAUAUCUUUGUGCCGCUGGGAAAAGAGCAGGCUGCUAUGGCUGUGCUCGAGGGGCUGAUGGACACACCAAGGCCAGCACCGGUGGGAUGA